AUGAGUCCCACCAUCGUCCAGCAAGCGCAAGGCGCACCACAAGCAGCCCUACCGCUCUCCACCAAAGCCCGCACGCUCACCGGCUACCUCUUCGGCGAACGCGGACUCCCUGACAUGCUCUCUUCUUACGGGCCACUUAUACAAGCACUCCUAGGCGCCGCAACUGGCCUCGGCAUAUAUCACUACUUUACUGAGUUCCGCAACAGCCGCGAGAAGAUCCAGCUCGCCGUCUUCCAUGUCAUCCGCCUCGUUGAGCGUAAUCCGGAGUUCCAGGAGCUGCUGCAGGAUCCGCAGCAGCUGAUACAGGUUAUGGAGGCUGAGGUCCUGGAACUGUUGGAUAGCUAUUUGUCCGAAAAUGAGUGUGAGCAGGUCAUGAGGACGUUGAAGAGGAAGCUUCGGACGAAGGGACUUGGACAGCCGUCGGCGAAGAAGCUGCGGAUCCAGGUUGCGGAACAGAAUGAGCCCUACGUUCAAACUCCUGGCCUACAGAACCCCGAAGAAGUACCUGUCAUCGAGCAAGCGGAUGUCACCAUGUUGGACACUGACGAGGGCUUUCACAUCCCCACCAGCUCAGAGUUCUCCGAAGACGAGCUCCCCACCGUCCAAGCAGCACAAGACGUCACCACUAUCCAGUCCCCGAACUCGCUCCCUGUGAUCCCUGAAGACCGUCCGCCUGUCACUCCCGGACAAGGAAGCUACGGCUUCUCCUAUGACGACUUCUCUACCUCCUCGUCAUCUGCAGAGAGUUCGCCGACAGAGCAGCGGCAGCAGCAGAUACCACCCGCUGACAAGCGCAUGAGCCUGGUCGAGCGAGAGACUCGGUCCGCCUUCGAUGCGAUCUCACCAGGCAGCGUGUACCGGCCAAAGGCCGUCAAGCCGCCAAACCCCUUCCCGCACACACCGCCGAAUGCGAUUGCCGUCUCUACCAACUACGCAAAGAGCGGCACUAACCUGUCGCCCAUCGACGAGGGCAACUCGCUGAGCACUAGUCCGGACCUGAGCACGAUGCAGUACCGGGUCGCCGAGUCGCGCUCGUUCUUUGAAAAGGUAAAGACGGUGCAGAAGAACCGCAAGUUCAUCAAGGACUUCUUCGUGCCGGAUGCGUCGCCGGUUGCGGCUGUUGUAUCGAAGCAGCAGAAGCAGCAGGAGGACAGCGACGAAACAUGGGACUCGGUGAUCCUGGACUCGUCGCCGGAUACUGACUCCUACGGGCGAGGCUCGCCUGAAUUGCCACGCGGGCGCAUCCCAGAGCCCCCUUCUCCUCCUGAACUGGUACUUCCCAGCCCGCUGAAGAAGUCCCAGUCUCCCGCGUCUGUUCGUUCGCGUCCCUCAACCGGAAAGCGUUCCUCGCCCGCCAUCGCCUCCUCCCCAAAGAUCCCCAGCUCGCGCCGCUCCGCGGCAGCCUCCUCUCUGAAGGCACCGAGCACUCCUCGCCCGAAGGGCAAGAAGAAGCGUGGUCGCCCGCCGGGAACGCCAAAUAAGCCGAAGCCCAUUUCCCCUCCCGAGUGGACGCCUCGGAGGAGUACCCGCAAGACUAGGUUUAGGGGGAAGUUCCAAGACUAG